GGAGAAGCUCUGAGCAGACCGAGCGGUGCAGCCUGCUGGAGCCGAGGACGGAUCGCCCGGGGAAGGACUCCUCGUUCCUCAGGACGAUGGUGUUGGACAAGGAAGAGGGUGUGCCGAUGCUCUCCGUCCAGCCCAAAGGGAAACAGAAGGGGUGUGCUGGCUGCAAUCGCAAGAUUAAAGACCGCUACCUGCUCAAGGCCCUGGACAAAUACUGGCAUGAGGACUGUCUCAAAUGUGCCUGCUGUGACUGCCGCCUGGGGGAGGUGGGCUCCACCCUCUACACGAAAGCCAACCUCAUCCUCUGUCGCAGGGACUACCUGAGGCUCUUUGGUACAACGGGGAACUGUGCAGCCUGCAGUAAACUGAUCCCAGCCUUUGAAAUGGUGAUGAGAGCCAGAGAUAAUGUUUACCAUUUGGACUGUUUUGCCUGUCAGCUUUGUAACCAGAGGUUUUGCGUGGGAGACAAGUUUUUCCUAAAAAACAACAUGAUUUUGUGUCAAAUGGACUAUGAGGAGGGCCAGCUGAAUGGGAGCUUUGAGACACAGGUUCAAUAG